UAUAUAACGUUGUCAAAAAUAUCUGCGAUACUUUUUCAACAACAUGGCACUAGCUCAUCGCUUUAUUAUCCCUUCAUGUUCCAUUUUGUCACCCAGAAAUGAAAUACAAAGGUUUAGUGUUGUCCACUGCUUGGCCACCACACAAACUUCUAAUCCAACCAAUAACAACCCAAUUACAAGAAAGUCAGCCAAUUACAAGCCAACCAUCUGGACUUAUGAUUUUGUGCAGUCCUUAAAGGGUCAUGAUAUGGAUGAAGUAUUAACGGACAGAGCAAACAAGCUAGAGGAGCAAGUGAAGAGUAUGAUUAGUAAUGAAAAAACCGAGUUUUUAACCAAACUUGAACUGAUUGAUGACAUCCAACGGUUAGGCUUGGCUUAUCACUUUGAGCAGGACAUAAAGAAAGCCCUCCACAGAUGUGCCUUUCUGGUAGAUAAAAUUGAGAGGACAGAGAAAAAUCUUCAUGCCACCGCGCUCAGCUUCCGGCUCCUCAGACAACAUGGCUUUGAGGUCUCCCAAGAUAUAUUUAAGAGUUUCAAGGAUGAGAAUGGCAGUUUCAAGGAAACCCUUUGCGAGGAUGUCAAAGGAAUGCUGAGUCUCUAUGAGGCUUCAUAUCUUGCUUUUGAAGGAGAAGAUCUUUUGGAUGAGGCCAAGGAAUUCACAAUUAUUCAUCUCAAGUGCCUAAAAGAUGAAUCUGAAAACAACCUUUCUAAACAAGUAAGUCAUGCACUAGAGCUUCCCUUACAUCAUAGAAUGCUGAGGCUAGAAGCCAGAUGGUAUAUCGAGGAAUAUAGUAAGAGGUCAGAUGCAAAUCAAGUCCUACUCGAGGCUGCAAAACUGGAUUUCAACAGGGUACAAUCAGUACUCCAGAGAGAUCUUAAAGACAUGUCAAGGUGGUGGAAAGGUAUUGGUUUGGCAGAUAAUUUGAGCUUCACAAGAGAUAGAUUGAUGGAAUGCUUCUUUUGGACUGUUGGAAUGGUGUAUGAACCUCAAUUCAGCAAUCUCCGAAAAGGGUUAACAAAAGUGACGUCUCUGAUAACCAUUAUCGACGAUGUCUAUGAUGUUUACGGUACUUUGGAAGAACUAGAGCUUUUUACAGAUGCUGUGGAAAGAUGGGAUGUCAGCGCGGUGAACAUUCUUCCAGACUACAUGAAGUUAUGCUUCUUAGCUCUCUAUAACACAGUCAAUGAGAUGGUUUAUGACAUUCUCAAGGAACAAGGGCUAAACAUCCUUCCAUACCUAACAAAAGCUUGGGCUGAUUUGUUCAAAGCUUUCCUAAAAGAAGCAAAGUGGUGUCACAGAAAAUACACACCCACUUUUGAGGAGUACUUUGACAAUGCAUGGAUGUCAAUAUCAGGAGUAGCCAUAUUGGUUCAUGCAUAUCUUUUAGUGGACAAAAGCAUCACAAAAGAAUGUCUUGACUGCUUAGAAAAUCACCAUAACCUCUUGCGUUGGCCAUCCAUCAUAUUCCGGCUUUGCAACGAUUUAGGCACUUCAUCGGCAGAAGUAGAGAGAGGUGAAACUGCAAACUCAAUUGUGUGCAACAUGCGUCAAACUGGUAACUCAGAGGAAUCUGCUCAUAAAUAUUUACAUAAUUUGAUAGAAGAAACUUGGAAGAAGAUGAACAAGGAAAUAGCCGAGUGCGAUUCUCCGUUUACAAAGCCAUUUUUAGACACAGUGAUUAACCUGGCUCGGAUUUCCCAAUGCACAUAUCAGUAUGGUGAUGGACAUGGAGCUCCAGACACAAGAUCCAAAAACAGAGUGUUAUCUUUAAUAAUAAAUCCCAUUUAGAGAUAAACCAUUUCCUUUUUCUUAAAAAUUGAAAGCUUUUUUUCGAAGAACCGAUUGAGUUCAAAUUAACCAAUUGGCAAGAAAAUAAUCAGUGAAAAAGAUUGAUAUAUAUAUAUAUAUAUACAUAUAUUAUAUAAUA